AUGAACAGAACAUGUUCUCCCAUAGUUCGCCACCUACAACGAGCUUCAUGUCGUAGUUUCAGCACGACCCGACAACAUUUGGCGGACCAUGUCAGGAUAGUGGAAGUGGGUGCGCGUGACGGUCUACAGAAUGAAAAGAAUGCCAUCUCGCUCGAGGAUAAGCUCGAGUUGAUCAGGAGACUAUCGAGCACAGGCGUCACACAUAUCGAAGCUGGUUCUUUCGUGCCUGCGAAAUGGGUACCACAAAUGGCCUCGACCAACGAGAUCCUGUCCAAUCUGAUACAAAGUCCACCUCAGCAAAGGCAGGCAAUAGCCUACAACUAUCUCGUGCCUAAUAUUAGAGGCAUGGAGAAUCUGGUUAAAGUUCUCGAGCAGCAUAAUCAUUCAAAUCCUCCUCCUCCUGAUCAUCUCACACCUCCACCCUCGCCUAUACUCACCCCAGAGCAGGAGCAAGGACAGGGCCCAAUCACUUCGUCAGCUGAUCCCAACGAAAUGUCUUCAGCUUCGAGCCCUGUGGCUGGUGGAGCAUCAUCCUCUACCUCGUCGCACUCACCGAAAAACACGACCGAGAUAUCCCUCUUCGCAGCCGCUACGGAAGCUUUCUCGCAGAAAAACACCAACUGCUCCAUAGCUGAGUCGCUCAGCCGUUCGCUACCGAUCAUUGAGCUCGCAAAGAAACACAAUGUUCGUGUUCGAGGCUACAUUUCUGUAGCUCUGGGUUGUCCAUAUGAAGGCCCAGACGUCGAUCCUCACAAGGUCGCAGAGAUGACGGCUUCCCUACUCGAGAUGGGCUGUGACGAGGUCUCGGUGGCCGAUACCACGGGCAUGGGCACCAUUCGGAAAACGCAGGAACUGCUCAAAACACUUAAAGAUGCAGGCGUACUCAUGGAAGACAUUGCCUUACAUUUUCAUGACACAUAUGGACAAGCCUUGGUCAAUACAGUCAUUGGUCUUGAGGCUGGUGUGCGUGUAUUUGACUCAAGUGUUGGCGGCUUGGGCGGAUGUCCUUACAGCAAGGGUGCUACUGGUAAUGUGGCUACAGAGGAUUUGGUACACCUACUGCACAGCGUCGGCAUGGAGACAGGCGUUGAUUUGGAAAAAAUGGCCUCGACUGCGGAAUGGAUUACCAAGGUUGUUGGCAGAGCUAAUGAAGGCCGAAAGACGGUAUUUAUAUCUCCGGUUCCCAAUGACUACGACAAAACUUCGUCCGUAACGAUUGUUGGUGUUUCCGAUCAACUGAUGUCAGCUACAAGGUCACCGUGGUUGCUCAUGGCUUGA